GCACAAGUGUAUAAUAUCUCAUGGGGAUUACUUUGAAGGGGACAAAAUAGAUAUUCAUGAAUAAAUAAAUAAUUUUUGAAAAAACACAAAAUUCGCGAUACUUUUUGAACACACCUCGUAACUGCCCUACAAGAAGAAGAUAUUUUACAGAAAGCGGCUAUUAUAAUUAGGAAAAUAUGUUAUAAAAUUGAACGUAAAAAAUUGCCAGAUAAAUUAACAAGCACAGAUCUGAUAAAAGGAGAAUGCGAAAUCCCAAAUUCAAUUUUAAAUUUUUUUGAGACAAUGUUAUGUGGACUUAAUUAUCGCAGAAAACGUAAUAUUAAGACUGAAAGACUUAGCGAAUCUUUAUCAGCAGAUUUGAUUUAUGCAGUAACAAAUGGAAAAGUAAAGCCAUCGAAACAAAUUGCUCUAGGCAUGACAGUGAAAAGCUUAACUAAUAGCAGAAAACUUGUAAAUAUUUUGAAUAGAUAUGGCCAUUGCUGUAGUUACACAGUAUUAGAAGAACUAGAAACGGAAGCAACGUACUUUUCAACUAAUCAGUCGGACAUUUGUCCAGAAGAUACCUUGCAAUCAACAAACUUUUGUACAGGCUUAGCGUUUAAUAAUUUUGAUAGAUUUGUUGAUACACUAAGUGGGAAAGGUACAUUGCACGACACAGUUGGCAUUAUUUUUCAAAAUAAAUAUGAUCCAGCAAUUGAUGGUAGAAUUGAAAUUAAUCCAGAUAACUCUCAAGAAGUGCUCUCAACUGAAAAAUCUAAGAAACGCAGGCGAGCUUUUGAUGAAGUAACAUUCGAAUUAGAAGCUUAUGCUAAAAAGCCUAGGUUAAUAGAGAUAUUACAACCGUUGGAUCAUCCGGAGCGCUUUAUUGAUCCUAAUAAUUUACAGUUGUUUCAAAAAAUUAAUUUCACGUGGAUAUUUUCUCAUUUACUAAAAUUACCUGAUAUUCCAAUGUGGGUGGGAUAUAAUAGUUUAAUUUUUGAUGAUAAAUCCCGUGAGCAACAAGUUUCUUAUUUAACAACAAUUAAUGAUUCGCCAACUAAUAAUUCAGUCGUUGUAGAAACCAUGAAACAGAGCCAAAGAGUGGCAAAUGAGUGUGGUGAAAUAUAUAUGCAGGUAACGUAUGAUCUUGCAAUUGCUAAAGUGGCUCUUCAAAUUCAACGUACAGAAAAACCGCGAUUUGAUAACUUAUUCAUACACGUAGGCAUGUUUCACGUGAUGAUGGCUUAUUUUAAAGCUAUAGGCAAAUUUAUUAAUAAUUGUGGAAUCAGUACGGUGAUGAUCAAUUCAGAUUUAUUGGCUAGUGGAUCAAUUAAUGGCUUUCUUGAAGGAAAACAUUUCAAUCGAUGCAGAAGGUUGCACCCUAUAAUUUAUUUAGCGAUUAAUAUUCUGCAUUUUGAGAGCUUUGCUGAUUCGGAAAAUAUUGAGAUUACAGAUCAAGUAAAAAAAUAUUUGCAAGAUUUUAUUAAACAUCGAUCAGAGAGACCAACUGUGCAAAACCGAGAAUUGGAGAAUUUAUUCGAUGAAUAUGAUGAUUAUAAACAAAAAACACUUCAAGGAGAACAUGGGAAAACUCCACAAUUUUAUUUGAUGUAUGCUCAACUUAUUGAAUAUUUUUUUAUAUUGAAUAUGUCCAUCCGGAAGGGAGAUUUCGAAUUAUUCAAAUUUAUUCUACCAAAAAUUGCAAAUAUUUUUUUCAUAUUCAACCAGCAAAAUUACUCACGGUACUUGGUGAAAUACCACGACAAUCUGAUUAAAAUUGAUGAAACGCAUCCUGAUCUGAGAGUACAAUUAGAGAAAGGAUCAUUUGGCAUCAAACGAACGAAGAAACCUUUUUCUCGGCAGCCAGUAGAUUUGACUCUCGAACAGACUAUUAAUGCCGAUGCUGCUAAUAAAUUAACGGGAAUCGUGAAUACUACUAAUUCAAUAUCGGCUAGACAACGUUGGUGUAAAAGUCAUAGUAUUCGAACCACGAUUAUUAGUCAUGUGAUGGAUAAAGCAGGUUUAAGAACACGUCAAGAUGUAACAGCUGAUCUCCAGAAAAGUAGUAUUCAAAUUAAUUCUUCACACCUGAAAAAAUUAAUAAAUAGUAUACAGCAAAAUAUUAAUCCUUUUGCACCAGAUUUGCAAAGGAAUCUAUUAUUUAAUAUAUCAACAGGACAAGCAGCACAGGAACAUGUAGCAGAUUUUUUGCUAAACAUAGAGAAGAAUGGCAAUAAUCAAAGAGAGGACUUUAUUAAAGAAUGUUCUGAAAGUGAAGAAAGAUUCGAGAAAGUUAUUAAGAAGAAUAAAAUUAUGAAUUUUGCUAGUUCUUUAAUAAAAAAGAAAGUGUCUGUAUCUAGUAAAGUCGUUGAAGUUAGUAUACACCGUGAUUUAUUUGGUCAACUUUUUAGAAUUUCUUUACAAAAAACAUUGGAUAUUGCCAAAGUGUUAUCGUUUCCAUUGACACCAGUUCCUUUUUCAUUGUGUCACGUUGAUGGAUCCAUAUGUAAAACUGAUAAAUCAGCUUUAUUAAAGAUUUUAGAGAACAAAAUCAGUACUGAUCACCCGCAAAAUGUUGAUGUAAUUAUUUUUGAUGGUUUCUUUUUACUUCAUUUAAUGAGAGAUAUUCCAUUAAAUUUGGGUGGCGUUUCACAAAAAUUCCUGAAAAUGUGUGUCAUGUCUAAUGCUCAUACUGUCAUUAUUAAUUUUGAUCAGUAUUUUUCACCAUCAAUUAAAGAUAAUGAGCAUUUAUUACGAGGUACGACAGAAGAUUAUGUAUUCCUCAUCAAAGGACCUGAUCAAAGAUGCCCAGUAAAUUUUAAUGUAGAAUUGAAAAACAUUAAUUUUAAGAAAGCGCUUGUCAAUUUUUUUAUUACUGAUUGGGAAAAUAGCUACAUGGCUCUUUUCAUUGGUAAUAAAACCAUAUAUUUAAAUUUUGAUUACUGUUAUAAGUAUGAAGUACACGAUGGAAAAGUCAAUAAGACACUUGAUGAUAAUUUAUCUUGCCCAGAUCACGAAGAAGCUGACACGAAAAUAAUUUAUAAUGUCUGCAAAAUUGAUUUCGAUGCUAAUGUAGUCAUACGAUGUUCAGAUACGGAUAUCCUCGUAAUAAUGCUAGGCAACAUGUGUUUUAUAAAAAAAUUGAAAUUAUGGAUGCAUGUUGGCGUCGGAAAUGCUCAGAGAUAUAUCAAUGUUUCGAAAUUACAUGAAACUUUAGGAGAAAAAUUAUGCAAUGCUCUGCCUGCAUUUCAUGCUUUAACAGGAUGCGACUUUAAUCCAUCUUUUUACCGUAAAGGAAAGACGCGUCCAUUAACAUUGUUUGAAAAUUCAGAAAAAUACAUAGAUGCUUUCAAGAAAAUUAGCGAUAUAAAAAAUGGUAAUACUGAAGAAGUUUACGCCAUAUUAGAAGAAUUUGUAUGUCGUAUUUAUGGUUUGAAGACAUGUAAUGAUUUAAAUGAAGCACGAGUACUUGUAUUCAUGAAAACUUAUAAAUUUACUGAUAAUGACGCAAUCUUUCGCUCCAAAAUGAAGAAUAUUGAUGGAUCUACCGCCCUGCAAAUCAGAAUUCCUACAACAUCUAAAGCGCACUUCUUACAUCGCAAAUCUCUGGAGAAAUGCCCAUCUUCCACAGCCAACAGAAUUUUCACCACUUGAUUAUGGUUGGGAGAAAUCAGAUGGAAAAUACUCUUUCAAAUGGUUCGAUGGAGAUCAAUUGCCUCGAUCAGUAGAUGAAAUAAGUAUAGAGCCUGACGCAGAAAAAAAUCAAGAUGAAACAGUUACGCGAGAAGAGCAAGCUUCAGAUGACGACGAUGAAGACACCGACAAUGACCGCGUUUCAGACGAUGAUAUCGGUGAUGAAAUGGAUGAAUGCGACACUGAUACCUCAUCGAUUUUGUCCUUGGAUGAUUGAACAACUUUUAUUUAUAUAACAAUUAAUAAAAUGAUUUUUAAUAUUGUGUGACGAAAAUAUUUUUUUUUUUUAUUUAAAAUUAAAAUCAUAGUUGAGAAAGCUAAGAAAAUAAAUCACAAAUUUAUAUACAAUUUUCAUAUAUCUCCUUUUCAUGUUCAAUAGAUCUAUAGAAAAAACAUCAUAAAUAUGAUACCGCCAAAGUAUAUAUUUUUAUAGAUGAAUAUUUAUUCAAUGGGAAAUACGAAAAUAAAAGUCUUCCAAAUAUCAAGUACAACAAUACUCGUCUUCCAAGCGAGUAAGUAUGCUGCGGCCGUACGCGCGCCUAAGCGCCAGGUCGGCGCGCGGUACCUUUACAUGCUUGGAAGACGACUAUUGUUGUACCUGAUACUUGGAAGACUAUGAAUUUUCAUUUGUACAUAAAAUAAACUAUGCACUAACGAAGUUUCAGUUUUUCAAUAAAUCCAUUUUAUCCCUUUUUGGAGGUGUUUAUAUGGAUGGAAGACGUGGUACGUUGUGUUUGCUACAUGGAAGACGAGUUUUAUUUUUAUGUUAACAUUAUAAAUAAUUAGAGAAAAAAGUUUUACGCUUGGCGGUAUAAGUUUUUUUUCCAUAAUUUUUGCGGGUUUUCAAAUCGUCCCAUAAUGCCGCGUUGUAACAUUGAGGUGGAAGACUGCUGUUUAAAUAAUCAAUUACCAAAUAUAAUUAAAUUAAAAAUUUUCAGCCUUGGCGGAAUAAUGACACGUAAUCUGUCGCUACCUUCUGGACUAGAAUGAGCUCAAAGAGAUGCGCAAAAGUCUUUCUUUUUGCUUAUUUCACAUGUCUUUUAUAUAAAGGUUUAACGAUAAGUUUCAUCAACACUCUUAUUUAUAGUUUAAAAAAAACCGCUUCUUAUUUUUUUCGCAAAAAAGGAAUUUUCCAGAAAAAAACCAGAAAAAUUCCAUUUUUUUUUUCUGAAAAAAUGCUGUUUUUGCUGUGUAAAUGACAUGCUAUCUAAUUUCACAGUGUAUAAUAAGACAUUAAAAUAGGACUAGUGAAAAGAGAUGAAAUUAAUAUUGAACUAAUUUUUAUGUUUAUAUUUGGAAUAUUACAUUACUUGAGGUUUAAUAAAAUGACUAAUUAUCAAAUAAACUUUCCAAUAAAUUGUCCUUUUGUAAGGACAAAUGUAAUCCUAACAAAUAGUUCAAGGCUAAUUUAAGUUAAUAUUUAUGUUAAUCUUUUGUGAAGAAUUUUGAAUAUUAGCAAUUAUCAAGAAGCAUAAGUUUUAUUUUAUUUAAUAAAUAUAUUAAUUCUGUU